UGCGCGCUGCUGCAGUGGGGCACAGCCCGGCGCUCGGCCCCGUGUGCUGUCGGGACCCGCCGGCUCUCUGGCAGCGCCCGGUUUGAGCUUUCCUCUUUUUCUAUCUUAGCGUCCUCCAAAGCUUUGCUCCUUGCAGUACGGGAGAGCUGGCGCUUUGUCUCGUUGCCGUCGGAAUUGUGAGGCUCUUGUGCGAUGAGCUGCUUGUCAGGCCGGGCACGACUGCAGUAGCAACAAUUUCAAAAGGCAGGAAGCGUCUGCGGGAGCGGGGCUGCACACGAUCCCAGCCCGUGGAGUCGCCGGGUUGGAGCUCCCGCCGCCUGCCGUGCCGUUCCCAUCCCGGUAGCGCAGCCCGGGCGGCUCCCGGCACGCCGGCUUUGCUCGCCGGAGCAGCGAUGCUGCAGAGCCUUUGGCGUUUUCUAUCUAGCUUCCUUCCCGGGGCCACAUGCCAAGGUCCUGCUGAUGGAAAAGACGAUGAGGCCAGAAACGCCACCCCGCUGCCAGGCCCCGGGGAGAAAGGGCCAAAGGUGCUGGGGAAGCCACAGGACAGAGGGACUGACCCCACUGAGAGGAGACCAACUAUCCUCCUGGUGGUUGGACCCGCAGAGCAUUUUCCAAAGAAAAUUGUGAAGGCUGGAGACAAGGACCUGGAUGGCCAGCUGGACUUUGAGGAGUUCGUUCACUAUCUCCAGGAUCAUGAAAAGAAGCUGAGGCUGGUCUUCAAGAGCUUGGAUAAGAAGAAUGAUGGCCGUAUCGAUGCCCAGGAGAUCGUACAGUCUCUUCGGGACCUGGGAGUCAAGAUUUCUGAACAGCAGGCUGAAAAAAUCCUGAAGAGAAUAAGGACGGGACACUUCUGGGGUCCUGUCACCUACAUGGACAAGAAUGGGACGAUGACAAUUGACUGGAACGAGUGGCGAGAUUAUCACCUGCUGCACCCCGUGGAGAACAUCCCUGAGAUCAUCCUGUACUGGAAGCACUCCACGAUCUUUGAUGUGGGAGAGAAUUUGACUGUCCCUGAUGAGUUCACAGUGGAAGAGAGGCAGACAGGGAUGUGGUGGAGACAUCUGGUUGCAGGUGGGGGUGCAGGUGCCGUGUCCAGAACCUGUACAGCUCCCCUGGAUCGCUUGAAGGUGCUCAUGCAGGUCCAUGCCUCCCGCAGUAACAACAUGUGCAUCAUUGGUGGCUUUACUCAAAUGAUCCGAGAGGGUGGCACCAGGUCACUGUGGCGAGGGAACGGCAUCAACGUGCUGAAGAUUGCACCGGAAUCUGCCAUCAAGUUCAUGGCUUAUGAGCAGAUCAAGAGGUUCAUUGGUACUGACCAGGAGAUGCUGAGGAUUCACGAGCGGCUGUUAGCUGGCUCUCUGGCUGGGGCCAUCGCACAGAGCAGCAUCUAUCCGAUGGAGGUUCUGAAAACACGGAUGGCUUUGAGGAAGACAGGACAGUAUUCAGGCAUGUUGGAUUGUGCCAAAAACAUCCUUUCCAAGGAAGGAAUGGCUGCCUUCUACAAAGGCUACAUUCCCAACAUGCUAGGAAUCAUUCCAUAUGCUGGUAUUGACCUGGCAGUGUAUGAGACACUGAAAAAUGCCUGGUUGCAACGCUAUGCCGUCAACAGCGCUGACCCCGGAGUCUUUGUCCUCUUGGCUUGUGGCACCAUAUCCAGUACCUGCGGGCAGCUUGCCAGUUACCCCCUGGCUCUUGUGAGGACACGCAUGCAGGCCCAAGCUUCUGUGGAGGGCGCUCCCGAGGUGACCAUGAGGGGACUGUUCAGACACAUUCUGAAGACCGAGGGAGCGUUUGGCCUUUACCGUGGGCUGGCCCCUAACUUCAUGAAGGUGAUCCCAGCCGUCAGCAUCAGCUACGUGGUUUAUGAGAACUUGAAGAUGACGCUGGGCGUGCAGUCACGGUGACCAGGAGAUGCCCAGGACUUGGAACUCUGAAAUCUUGGGGCUCGAUCCCAAGACGUGCAGUCAUCUCUCAUUCUGUGAAUGUGUCGACACUAAGCUGACUAAGCAAAGCUGUGAAAUCUCUGAUAGUUUGUGAGUCGGGAAGGGGAGGGGAGGAUCUGGUGUCCUUUGCCAUCGUGCUGCUCGGAGCUCUGCAGAAAGCAUCACGUGGUCCUUUCUGUUGGGCCUCUGGGGAGGCUGGGAGCUGAGCUCCUGUCCCAGUCUUAAGGCAUUUGUUUGAGGUCAGUUCCCAGCAGUAUGGCAAAGCAGCAAAGAUUUGGGGAACAGUCUGCUUUCAGCGUAUUCGUGUACAGAGCUGUUUGCCUGCAGAUGAGCACCUUCUGACUUGCUGGAAGAGCUUCUUUUUCCAUUCAGUUGUUAACUUCCUACCUGUCGUUCAGAUUUGUACAAACCUUGUGGAGGAGCUGCUGCCACACCAGGCUUGUCAUUAUGUUUACAUAUAUUCCUUUGGGUAGGAGAUAUUCAUGUUCUGCUUCCAAGACUUGACAUGAAAAGUGAUUUUUUUGAACUGUUCUGAUUUUGAGGGCUGGUGGGCAGUGGUUUAUCCAGUCAGGCUGAAUGUUACUUAGGCCAGCCUGAUGAAGGAUUAGGAUUAUUUAUUUUUUAUAGAUUUAAGUGUGUCUCAUAAAUCCACUAACAAGAUGCACUUACUAACAGAAGCAGCAGCCUAGAGCCUGCAUGCCUGUAUCCUCUGCAUGCCAGACUGGCUUGUCUUAUACUCAGCAGGAGCUUGGAAAGGGGAAGGCUGGAGAGCCCUGGGUGGACUGGCACCUCGAUGCAUGGCUUCAAUGAGUAAACAACUAUUCCACAGCUCCUGUGCAGCUGUGCUCCCAGCACGGCACGAGAGCCCCUGUGCAGCGUUGCACGGACCUCUGAAUUCCAUUCUGCCCGCUGCCCAGGGUGCCUGAUGGACCUUUCCAAGCCCCGUGCCCGUGCUGCUAUCAAUCUCUUUAGACCUCUUUGUAGUUUGCUGUUCAGGUUUGCAUUAGCAGGAUGGAGUCCCCAGGCCAGGAAUCUGUCUGCCACGGGGGGGGCUGUGAGGGAAGGGCUGGUUGUCACUGGGAGAUGUCAGUUCAGUCCUGAAAACACACUUGCUUUCCUUUCAAAGGGUGCUUUUCGCAGGGCUAAGGGAAAGAGACGGCUUUAAAAUUUCUCUGUGUUAUGGGCUACUUUAGUGGAUAGGAUCUGGCUGCUGAGGCCUGGGAGAUCCUCAUCCAACUCUUCGUUUUGGGCGAGAUGGACCACCGUUGCAUUCCACUGUUUUACUGCUUAAAGCAUAUUUAUUUUGUAUUUAUUUGAACAGAUUUAUGCCAGACUAUUUUUAUAGACUUGUUUAAAUAUUGUUACUGUGCUUGUAUUAAAAAGUUCUCUGUCUGUUUUCAUACAUCACACAGCUGAGUGGCGGGGGAGGCACUGAAGUCGGUGGCGUCCCUUAUCUGGGGCACUCAGCUGCCUUUCCCCAGCGUGGGGUUGUUGCUGGAGGACCUCAGCCCAGAGAAAUGCUGUAGCAGGAAGCCAUGGGAGAGAAGGGAGCUGGUGAGGAAGCAGGGAUGAGGGCAGAGGGCGCCGCGGCGGUCGCCUUGCUUGGCAUCGCCUCCACGCGUGGCUGAGAGGGUUUGGGGGCAAGUUGGGAAAGUAGGUGUGUGCAUGUUGGGUGUCACAGGGGCUGAAGGAGAGCGAUCCUGGGAAUCUGUGAAGGGGGAGGAGGGAGAAAACUCGGCAACUGAAGAAAACUUUCCAUUGAGGUGGGAGGGAAUUUGCCCUCGGAGCCGAGGUGCUGCAGUUGUGUUUCGGGUCAGCAGAUCCUGCUGCUGAGUUUGGUUCGUGGGGAGUCUUCCAGAUGAGGCUCUGCCCUGACAGUGCUGUCAGCAUCAGCUGUGUGGGAAUCCCACCAACACACAUCAGGGGUUAAGAGUUUUUUCACACCUCCCUCUUUCUUUCUUUCUUUCCUUUUUUGUUCUAAGAUCUAUGGUAAAUUUUUGCAGUGGCUUCUUCCUACCAGUGUGGCCUAAUGAGACAAUGAAUAUCAGAAUGCAAAAAUCAAUGCAAAAUGACAACUGUCUUUGUAGCUGUAACCACAAAUUGUUAUAAUGCAAAUCUAACUCAGAUUCUUCAUGUAGGGAACAGUCUGCUAAUAAAGGUCUGUCAAAGAGA